CCACGCGCGUCCUGGGCCGCCGCCGCCUGCAUCUGGCACGACCACGCCCGGCCCGCCGCCGCCGACGCCGGACCUCCUGUCUCCCGGCCCGCCCACGCCGCCGCAGAGCCUUCUGCGCCCCGGCCCGCCGGUCGCGGCAUACGGAUGCGUCCGCCCGGGCAGCCCGACGCUUGCCCCCGACCCCGUGCACCCAGGCUCCACGCCGCCGCCGAGGAGCCACGCCCGCUCGGAGCUGCCGCCGCCCACGUACGGCAUGUCUCGGCCCGGCCCAGCGCUCCCGACGCUCGACCCCCUCAACCUGGGCCCGCCGCCGCCGACGCGCGCCUCCACGCGCUCGGGGCCGCCGCCGCCAGCCUCUG